AUGGUGGGCUUAAAGUUGAAAAGCGCUUUCCAAUUCAAGAAGAAAACGGAUGCCAAGGAUAACUCUUCAUCGGGUAAAAUAAGCAAGCUAGCGUCUAUUGGAAACGACCUUUACCCACAGGACUAUGAAGCAUUGCAACCCCUUUUAACUUUGUUGAAUGUCCAGGCUAGUAAGUGCUAUGCAUUCGAGAACGUGUCUGGCGCUUUCGUGGCAAAAUUUGGGGACAAAGGUUUCAUACCUGUAAGCAAGUUUUCCUUGAUGGGUAUGAACCUUACUCUAUACAUCGGUUCGAUAGAUACGCACGUUGCGGACGAGGAAGUUGUUGAUAUUGAUCUCAAAAUGCUAUGGGACCACAAAGUUAUAAAAGAAGGUGAGAAUUAUCAUCUCUCCUUCGAGCCAAACUGUGAUAUAUCUUUAGUAUCUUCUAAUUUGGAAGAUGUGAAACAGUUGAGUAAAGCGAUUUCGUUGGUGCAAUUUGAAUAUGGCUCAUUGUUUAAAGCGCUGACGGCUUCAAUUAUCUCUCUAAUGGGACUCAAAAUUUCCGACAUUCACCUAAUUCUUAACAACAAUUUUAGUUAUAAAGACUGGUGCUAUAUCAAUAUUAACAAUGAAUGGAUCAAGACGUGGUGCCACAUAGAUAAAAGAAACAAAGCCACCGAUGCAAAGGGUAAGUCAAAGGUAAAGUUCUACCGUGAUGAUAAGUCUACUUCUAAAAAGAACUUGAUCUGUUUCAUUUCUGAUGUAGACGUUGUUGAAGAUAUAUUCAUAUCUACAGAGCCUAUGAAUUCUUCGAAAUCUCACACGGGAGUUUGGAAUUUGGACGAGUUGAGAACUCUAAUGCAUAGUGGUUUGAACUCAGCUGAUGCUUUAGACACCUUCAUGGAAAAGUUGGAUACCGUUUCUGUAAUAGGUUCGGUUAAUUGGAUCAAUCCCGACUCAUUGUCUGAUAGCCCGCGUUCUUCAAGAUCUCGUUCUUCCUCAUUUGCAUGGACCCCUAAGAGUCCUAGAAAGAGAGUCUUGAGUGUCUCUGAUUCGAAAAGUCCAUCCCAGCUAAGAGAAAACUCCGUAUCGAAUUUGACUCAAUUUGUUGGUGGUACCGGCAGAAAUCACUCUAGAAACAUGUCAUCAGUCUCAACAAAUUCCUCGACAGCCAUCGAUCUCGACGAAGCCACUGGUGAGGUUACCACCCAAAGGUUCCUAUUCAAACCAAUUCCUCAUGCAGGCGUUCACCAUUUAGAAUCAAUAAUUAGGUUUUUGAUUCCCGUCUACGAUUGUCUACAGUUGUAUGGCAGGCCCACUGCCUUCAGAAGUGCACGUGAGGAUGUAAACUCUCUCUCAUUUGGCCUUCCAAAACUACCUGCUAUAGACUAUUUUUCGGAACAAGAAUUACAAAUGAUAUUUUCCAAAACAGAGUAUGAAGCGGACAGCAUCAGUAGGUGGGCUUACUUCAAGACGUUACUCCAUGAAUGUUAUAAGAACCGAUCUCAAAAUUCGGAUGAGUCUUUCAGAACUUUAGCAGACCCAUGGAACAUGCCCAAUGUCAAGAUCCCACUAUCUUCCGUGACAGCAGAGUUCCACUACUCUACAAAUCUCAACAAGUCAAACGACUCACCUCCAAUCGUAUAG